GUUAUACGAUGGCAAUUCAUGGUUGCUAUUUUUUUCCGUUCUUUUUCUCUCUCAUUUCAUUUUUAUUUUUUAGGUGGAAAAUAUAGUUAAAACUUGAAAGAUGAAAAGAAAAUUAAAAGCAGAAUUCAUUUUAUUUAUUCAUUUAUUAUAAUACAUUUUUUUAAUUUUAUUAUUCCGCCAUUACAGAGUAAAAAGAAAUUGUAGAGCAGCAGUAGGUCGUAGUAGCAUUUAGUAGAACAAGGUGAAACUUCUCGUGAGUUAUUUAACUUUUGUUUUCUUUUUCCCUCUAUCUCCUCUUUCUUUCUUCGGUCGUUCAAUUCACAAUUUCCUUUUUUUUUUCCUCUCUCUUUUUUCCCUCCUUUUGUCCCAACCCUAAUUAUACCCUUUCUCUUUCUCUAGAUGCCCAAAUUUCCGACUUUUCAUUCUUUUUUCUUCUUGUUUGGCAUCUUCAAGGCCACCUCUUUUCUGGGUUCUACGUAAUUCCCAGUUUAUAGUUCCCUUUUGAUAUUUUCCUCUGAAAGUAUUUUUGAACUGCUCUGGUUUGGGGGUUUUUUUAGUUAGCUCUUACCGUGCUUUCCUUUUUGUAUUCAAAUCUUCUGCUAUUAAAGUUAUCUUUGUGCUUUUAGAGUUUGUAUCUUUUUUAUUGCUCUUGCUGGUUUUUGAGAGGUAAAGUUAUUUGAUUCUUUAAAGUUACUCUUUUUGGAUUUGAAAGCUUAAGCUUUUAUGCCCCGUUUAGGUGCUAAAAUUUGUUGUUUGCACAUGGUGGUUGGUUGUGUUCAUUAAGCCAAAAGCCUUGACGUGGGCAUGGGAUUUCAGUUGAAACUCCGUGUUCAAUGUCUGCAAUCAAUAGGGCUUUUAAUAAAAUUUAAAAAUACAUAAAGGCAGUUGUUGUACAGCUAGGGUUUCGUUAGUCUUUAGCUUCUUUAAUUUCGAAAAUGGGAAGGGGAAAAAAAAAGAACCUUUUAGUACUUACGACUUAAUUGGUUUGAUGAAGUUUAGUCAUUUUGUUAAUUAAUUAUUCACACCCUUUCAUGUAUUUGUGCAGGUUUGUUCUUCUUCAUUGACAGGUUUGUUUUAUGGCUUCUAUUUGUCUAAACUUUGUCAUCAUUGUGGAAUUUGAAUGAUCUGGUUUGAAAUUAAAAAGGUGGGGUUUUGAUUGGCCAUCCAAACCUGAGAACCAUUAUGAUCCAAGGUAAUCUUUAGGGAUACGUGAGGUUGUUUUAUUGCUCAGCUCUACUCAAUCUUCGAGAUCGAGAAGUUUCUUCGGAAUUAGGUAGAGUAAGUGUGCAAAGCACAUAGUUUUCUCCUUAUCCCUCUAGUGUUGUCUUUGAGUUGAAUUCUGAAAAGAUGGAUAUGGGGACUAGUACUUCUGAAAUCGUCGAAUCGAUUGAUGAAUUAGAUGCUGAAUUGAAAAGGGGAGAACCUGCUAAGAACCGGUAUAUGCCAAAAUCAGGAAAUAAGUAUUCUAUUGAAGAUGACAUUAACCGUCUUUUUGAAGCAAUCGAAGUUAGGACAGCUUCUAGGGUUUCUGGUUUCUCAAAAGAAAUCGGUAGAGAUGCUUUACGGAAGAGUGCAAUGAAAAGACCAGUUAGAGUUAGUUCUUCUCAUGCUUCAGGGAUUGGAAUUUCUGAACCAGUGAGUUUGAAGCAGGCACUUAGAGGGUUGUCUAUAUCUCAGGCAUCAGAGAUGGCUGCUAUGAAGAAGCGAUUAUCAAAGCCAUCAGGUUCAUCUGGUGUCUCAGAAGCAGGAACCAUCAAAAGAUUGUACAGGGCUGUAGUAGUUGAAGAAAAUGGAUCAAGAGUUCCUCUGAAUGAAGGUAAAGGGAAGUUGGUGGAAAUAUCACUUGUUCCCGAAAAGAUUACAUCCAAUACUUCGGAAAUGAUGCCUGAAUCUUUGCAAGUGUCAAACAAGGAGGUAUUCAACCUAAAUUCUAGUAUUUCAGACAAUGCAACAACAGAACGGGUAAGAACCACCAGAUUGCCAUCCCCAGAUCAGAUUGUCCCUUUGGUCAUGGAGUCUGAAAGUGAAGUAUCAGAAGCAGAACUUAAAAAAGUAAAUUCUAUAGAUUCUCCAGCUGUUAAUCAUGCUGUCAAGGAAGCUUUGGAGAUUGGUUCUUCCUCUAUCCAGACUUGUGUUGAAACUCCAAUGCCUAAUAAGGAGCCAAAGGGAAAGUUGCUUGCUGAAUCUUCUCAUUCAGUCUCUGGUGCUGCUGGUAAGGUGAAAUCUGUUUGCCAAAAUCCACGUCUAAUCAAGCCAGUCUUGAGAAACAAAAGCUUUACAAGGAAGAAAGCAAAACAGGAAUCAACUACCGUUGUCAGCAAUUCCAAUUCUUGUAAUGGUUGUUUAGGCAAUGAUCUUGGACCUAGUACUAGUUAUUCAGAUAGCCUACUACAGAAGCCUGCUUCAGGCAGUGGAACAAAGGAAAAUAUGGAAGUGUCUCGUGUUUCGAGCAGUACAAGUUGCAGCAAUGAAGUUAACUCAAGCAUGGUGGGUACAAGUGGCAAGUCUAUUUUGAGUUCAAACUCUAGUAACAAAUCCAAAGGAUUGUUGGCCAAAGCUGAUGACAAAUCAAGAUCAAGGGAAAAGGGAGAGUUUUCCCAGAGCUCGAAAAGUAGUAUUGGCGAGUAUAGUAGUAGCACUGCCACUAGUGAAGAAAGCAAUAUCAGUGGGUCUAGUCGGAUUGGUAGUAGACCUCACAUGUCAAAAGAUUUGAGGUGGGAAGCUAUUCGCUCCAUUCGCAAGCAGCAUGGAAGCUUGAGUUUGAGGCACUUCAAGCUCCUCAAGAAGAUUGGUGGUGGGGACAUUGGCACUGUUUACCUUGCCGAGCUGACUGGUACAAACGGCUUAUUUGCUUUGAAAGUGAUGAACAAUGAUUUUUUGUUGAGUCGCAAGAAGAUGCUUAGGGCACAAACAGAAAAGGAGAUAAUGCAAAUACUGGAUCAUCCUUUUCUUCCCACACUAUAUGCCUAUUUCACAACAGAAAAACUUUCUUGCUUGGUUAUGGAGUAUUGUCCAGCUGGAGAUUUGCAUAUUUUACUACAGAAGCAACCUGGCAGGAGUUUCUCUGAACAAGCAGUAAGGUUUUAUGGUGCUGAAGUCCUGCUUGCGUUGGAGUACCUGCACAUGCUUGGUGUUGUAUAUCGAGAUCUAAAACCAGAAAAUAUCUUGGUUAGAGAAGAUGGUCACAUCAUGCUCACGGAUUUUGACUUGUCACUCAGAUGUGAUGCUAAUCCAGUGCUGCUAAAGUCUGCUUCACCCGUUGCUGAACCUGCAGAGAAGAUGUCAAGUCCAUGCUCUCAGUCCAGCUGUAUAGAGCCUUUGUGCCUCAAUCCAUCCUUUCAAGUACCAUGCUUCACUCCUAGGCUUCUAUCGCUUGCUUCCAGAUCAAGGAAGAUAAAAUCUGAUCUAGCCACUCAGAUUAGCCCCAUGCCACAGCUUGUAGUGGAGCCAACCAGUGCCCGGUCAAACUCAUUUGUCGGAACUCAUGAAUACCUUGCUCCAGAAAUCAUCAAAGGUGAGGGUCAUGGGAAUGCCGUUGAUUGGUGGACGUUUGGAAUCUUUCUGUUUGAGCUUUUGUAUGGUAAAACACCCUUCAAGGGUUCAGGAAACGAUGAAACACUAUCCAAUGUGGUGUCACACAGCCUUAGGUUUCCUAGCAGCCCUAUAGUUAGUUUUCAUGCAAGAGAUCUGAUAAGAGGGCUUUUAGUUAAGGAACCUGAGAACCGGUUAGGAUCAGUGAAAGGAGCUACGGAGAUCAAACAACACCCUUUCUUUGAAGGCCUAAAUUGGGCUUUGAUACGAUGUGCAAUACCACCCGAGAUGCCUAGGUUCUGUGACUCGAGCAUCUGUUUGCCAACUGCAGCUUUGCAGAAAAAAGACAGCUCCAGAGGUGACGAGUUGCCGGGUACUGGAGACGAUGUUGAGUUUGAUAUGUUUUAGCUUAGGUUUUAUCCAAUGUGCAAAAAGGAAGAUAUUUUAGCUUCUCUUUUUAACAGUGAGUUUGUUUUACGAUCCUGUUGUAACUGAUCAUAUAUAUAUAUACUCAUACAUAUAGCAUAUGUAUAGUGUAAAUGUAUUUCAGAAAGUUGAGGCAAGUUAUUACUGUCAUAUAAAUAUACAGUAAAGCUAGUCGUCUUCAAAAA